CGGUUCUUUGGCUCACAGACAGAGUGGCUUGGAGAGAAAGCGCCUCCCCGGGAGUCGGUGCCCAGGCGACGCGGGAAGGCGCCACCACCGCCGCCGCCGCUGGCCAAGGUGCUGGAGACGAGAGGCCGUCGGCCGCUUCACCAGCUCAGGCAACCGUUGCAGCCGCUGCUGCCUCGCUCCCAGCCCGGUCCUCAUGGAAGAGAUGGAAGAAGAGUUAAAAUGCCCUGUGUGCGGCUCCUUCUAUCGGGAGCCCAUCAUCCUGCCCUGCUCUCACAAUUUAUGUCAAGCGUGCGCCCGCAACAUCCUGGUACAGACCCCGGAGUCUGAGUCCCCCCAGAGCCGUCGGGCCUCGGGCUCUGGGGUCUCCGACUAUGACUAUCUGGACCUGGACAAGAUGAGCCUGUACAGCGAAGCAGACAGCGGCUAUGGUUCCUACGGGGGCUUCGCCAGUGCCCCCACUACGCCGUGCCAGAAGUCCCCCAACGGCGUCCGCGUGUUCCCGCCGGCUAUGCCGCCACCGGCCACCCAUCUGUCACCGGCCUUGGCCCCGGUGCCCCGCAACUCCUGUAUCACCUGUCCCCAGUGCCACCGCAGCCUCAUACUGGAUGACCGGGGGCUCCGCGGCUUCCCCAAGAACCGCGUCCUGGAAGGGGUAAUUGACCGCUACCAACAGAGCAAAGCCGCAGCCCUCAAGUGCCAGCUCUGCGAGAAGGCGCCUAAGGAGGCCACCGUCAUGUGCGAACAGUGCGAUGUCUUCUACUGCGAUCCGUGCCGCCUGCGCUGCCACCCGCCCCGAGGGCCCCUAGCCAAGCACCGCCUGGUGCCCCCGGCCCAGGGCCGCGUGAGCCGGCGGCUGAGCCCGCGCAAGGUAUCCACCUGCACAGAUCACGAGCUGGAGAACCACAGCAUGUAUUGCGUGCAGUGCAAGAUGCCUGUGUGCUACCAGUGCUUGGAGGAGGGCAAACACUCCAGCCACGAAGUCAAAGCCCUGGGGGCCAUGUGGAAACUGCACAAGAGCCAGCUCUCCCAGGCGCUGAAUGGACUGUCAGACAGGGCCAAAGAAGCCAAGGAGUUUCUGGUGCAGCUCCGCAACAUGGUCCAACAGAUCCAGGAGAACAGUGUGGAGUUCGAGGCUUGCCUGGUGGCCCAGUGUGAUGCCCUCAUUGAUGCCCUCAACAGAAGGAAAGCCCAGCUGCUCGCACGUGUCAACAAGGAGCAUGAGCACAAGCUGAAGGUGGUUCGAGAUCAGAUCUCUCACUGCACAGUGAAAUUGCGCCAGACCACAGGUCUCAUGGAGUACUGCUUGGAGGUCAUUAAGGAAAAUGAUCCCAGUGGCUUUUUACAGAUUUCUGACGCCCUCAUAAGGAGAGUCCACCUGACUGAGGAUCAGUGGGGGAAAGGCACGCUCACUCCCAGGAUGACCACGGACUUCGACCUGAGUCUGGACAACAGCCCUCUGCUGCAAUCCAUUCACCAACUCGACUUCGUGCAGAUGAAAGCUUCCUCUCCAGUCCCAGCAACCCCCAUCCUGCAGCUGGAGGAGUGUUGCACUCACAACAACAGCGCCACACUGUCCUGGAAACAGCCACCUCUGUCCACGGUGCCUGCCGAAGGCUACAUUCUGGAGCUGGAUGACGGCAACGGUGGUCAGUUUCGGGAAGUGUAUGUUGGAAAGGAGACGAUGUGCACCGUGGACGGUCUUCACUUCAACAGCACAUACAACGCUCGCAUCAAGGCCUUCAACAAAACAGGAGUCAGCCAGUACAGCAAGACCCUGGUCCUCCAAACGUCUGAGGACACAGAUUCAGAAGAACAGACACUCCCUUUUCCAGUGCCUUCGGAAAGAUUGCCGCUCCGUAGAAUGAGUCCUUUCUCCUCCACCCUUAAUCUACAACCCAGCUUUCCCGGGAGAUCCUACUUUGAUUUCCGACCCUCACCCCACCAGCUGAGCUUGCAUUCCUCUUUGCAGUCUCUCAAUGCACCGGGAUGCAAUUUUGAGACACAAUCUGCACCUUACUCUCAAUUAGUUGACAUUAAAAAGCUGUUGGCAGUGGCCUGGUUUGCUUUCGACCCCGGCUCGGCACACUCUGACAUCAUCUUCUCCAAUGACAACCUGACUGUGACCUGCAGCAGCUACGAUGACCGGGUGGUGCUGGGGAAGACCGGCUUCUCCAAGGGCGUCCACUACUGGGAGCUAACUGUAGACCGCUAUGACAACCACCCUGACCCUGCCUUCGGCGUGGCUCGCAUCGAUGUGAUGAAGGAUGUGAUGUUAGGAAAGGACGACAAAGCUUGGGCAAUGUAUGUGGACAAUAACCGGAGCUGGUUCAUGCACAACAACUCGCAUACCAACAGAACUGAGGGAGGAAUCACCAAGGGGGCCACCAUCGGGGUGCUCCUCGACUUAAAUCGGAAAACCUUGACAUUUUUUAUCAACGACGAACAGCAGGGGCCCAUAGCCUUCGAGAACGUGGAAGGCCUGUUCUUCCCGGCCGUCAGCCUGAACAGGAACGUGCAGGUCACGCUUCACACCGGGCUCCCAGUCCCCGACUUCUACUCCAGCAGAGCAUCAAUAGCCUAAGGACGACGGGCCGGGCCGUCCUCACCUCUGCCUGAGAGAGCGACAGCAAGAGCUCAGCCAGCAUGCAGAGGGAGCACUCCGGAAGCAGAGGGGGAGGAGGAGAGAAAAGCUGGACCCCCGUGUCUUCACAACCCACAGCUCCACCCCUUCUUUUCCAACCCCCCUCCUGCUCUGAUGCCUGCCGUCACUUCCGCGUCCAGCAACAAAGGACCUAGACAGCCCACCGUGUCACUUAGUUUCCACUCCCAGAUUUUGCUUUCAUUUAACUUAAGUUUCUUUUAAUGUAGGUGAGUUCUAUUUUGUUUCUUUUCUGAUCAUGUUAUUGGUGACUUACUGAACUGGUACCACCGAGAGAAUAUUCUCCUGAUGACCUUUUUCUUAAGCUUUCUGACAAAGAGGUUGUAAAGAGAGCCGGGGAAGAAUGAGUUGAAUUUGGAGCUUGCAGUUUACCUCCUACAAGGUUCUUGCCCUGUUAUCUCUCAUGCAGAGUUAGCCCUGCAUAGCUAGUCUUUGAGAGAUGGGCAGAACGAAUGCAGCAUUGAGAAGUUAUACUAUCCAUCAAAGCACAAAAAUAUUAGCCAUAGGGCUACACAGAGGUUCACAGCACGUAGGAUGAUUAGGAUAGGCCAGAAACCCUGGUCAUCGAGUCAAACUAGAAAGUCUCUAGACAUAGGCAGACCAGGAGAUUUAUGAUUUGGUUCAUUUAUUUAAUACAAGUUUUUAAUUGAGAACCUACUAUGGACCAGGCACUGUUCUAGACACUGGAGACACAGUGGUGAAUACACAGGUGUGGUUACUGCCCUUCUGGGGCUUAUAUUCUCAUAGGAAAGCAAACUGAAAAUAAAACAAUUACAAAAUUGUUAUAAGUACUAGAAAGGGAAUAAACAAGGGACAAAGAGGCUCAUUGGCAAGAUCUCUCAGAUCUCCAAGAGCGAUGCUAAAAAUCUACACAUUCUGGCCAUAGCGGCAGAAACAUACCAACUCGAUGCCUUUUCAACAACGCUAUUUUAAUUAUGGUACCUGCUGCCAUUCAUCACAGAGCCCUUCUUUGACAGAAAUGACGUCAGCAUUCUUAUUUGUUAAUGCUGCACUGACACUAAGCCUUAAAAGUAAAUGUGAAACAAAAGCAACCAGAGAGAGACCCCAUUUUCAGUAAUGGGGGAUCUGAAGUUGCAGUCCACGGCACCCCCAUUCUCAGGAUAAACACGCUUGUCUCCAUGUGUACCUGUGCCUGUCACAAAUGACCAAUCCGUCCACUCUGCUGCCAUGCACAACCCAGCUCUCUGGAGUAGUUCAAACAAUGUGUGGAAGAAAAAUGCGAUCGUGCGUCAUGGCUGUGACUGAGAACAGAACAAUAAUUCUCAUUACUUCUCUAGAGAGAUAGACUCGCACAGGUUACCUUUCAGAUUCUUUAGUUUGCCGUGAAGUUUUAGAAAACGGAGAACAGGGAAAGAGGUCCUGAUCGGUUGCCUAAGCAUUUGCCAGUGAGCCAAGAAAUUCACCAUGAAAAAACAAGAAUAACAAAUAGAAGAGGUAAGGUGGGAAGGCUAACAAACUAAAGUUUUGGCAAAAAAUAAUAUAUGUAAAUAGCUGACUAUUUCCUUUUGUGCUUUAUUUAGGUCAUUUCUAUCAGUUACAGUGUUUUUCUAGUUAAGCGUACCUAAUUUAUUGAAUGGGUGCUAUCCUGUUUACGUCCAUCUUGGUUUCUUGGCUACAGAAAAACUCUGUUGCAGGGCAACACUAGUUUGAUAUUUGAUUUACUCUCCAAUGAGACUCGAAGGCUGGGCCGCUGUAGACUCAUAAUUACUCUUGUUCUUUAUUAAAUUCAUCUUGCUAAUUAGAUUUCUAGUGACUUGUAACACGUAGUUUACACAGAAUGGCCAUUGUAGAUGCAUACAGCUACUGUACUAGAAAAAAAUGGAUAUUUCUGGUGUGCCAAUAAAAGAUUUUUAUGAGGGAAGAUCA